AAAAUAACGAGUCUUGCGUUGUCGUUUUUUAAACUUAAACGCCGUCGUAUCUUUAAUACACACCGUUACAUAUAGUUUAUAAACUCAUGUUCAACCGUUGUUAUGUUAAUGAAAAGCCAUUUACUAACGCGUUUGUCAAAAACAGUACAACUUUUUCAGUAUGAGCACCUCGGGUCCUCCGCUGAAAAAGAAAAGCUACAUGGGACAGCACCAAGUCAAGAAGAAAAAAAGUAUCCAAACUCCUGAUGAGCCCCCAGACGGAGACAGACCGUUGCAGAAAUCCCAGCACAUAUCAGGCAACACAAACAUAAACAGAGACAACCACAUGGAUGGAGGAGCAGCGUUUCCACUGGGAGAAUCCACACUAGCUCUUGAUCAAGAGAUGCUUCAGGUGUUGGAUGUUGUAGAUCCAGUGAAGCCUAACAAAGCGUGUCCAGCACCAGCAAAGAGAGAUGCACAGGAAGAGCCAGCGUCGUUAGCAGCUGUCUUUGUCCCCUCACGGGCUCUCGUACCACAAAAUAAGAGUAACAGACCACCUCAGCCAACAGACCAAGGACCACACAGAGCCCCCAGCAUCACGGAGAGAGUCUGUGGGCGUAGUGAUGAUUGUAAGAGACCAGGAUGGAGAGCUGACUGCAAAGACCUUGCACAGAGGCUUCUCUUCAGUGAGGACUCAGAGGUAGCGGAGGAUGCUCAGAGAGGCUCAGAGAAUAUCAAGCCAUCCCCAGCUUCUGCCUGCAUCAAUGGGCUUUCCUGUCAAGAAAUAAGAAAUGCUCAAAGAGAAGGCAGCUUGACUAAGCUGACACUUAAAUCCAGAAGAAAAAGCACUCCUCGUAGCAAGGACCAAACAGAGUCAAAUAUGAAUGCUGAUCCACCCCUGGAUGUAUCCAGGGACUACAUCUUGUUCAGCCCCACCCGCCUCGCAGCGGCCAUGAAGAGGGCCAAACUCCAGCAGUCAUUACAGAAUCAGUCCGCCUCUGUGCUCACAGUCCCCAGUGGAUUAGACAUCAGCACACUCCAUGACACUUUACCUCAGCCAGGCAUUGCCUUGUGUGCUCCUGCUGGACAAGCUGAAAAGCUGCUGUUAUGCAGCUGGGGUUUACCAAAACCUGUCCUGGACCGCUAUCAGAAACACGGAGUGACUCACAUGUUCGAAUGGCAGGCUCAGUGUCUCGCUGUCGGACACGUGCUGCAGGGAGGUAACCUGGUAUACUCUGCCCCCACCAGUGCUGGAAAAACUCUGGUGUCAGAGCUGCUUAUGUUGAAGCGAGUAUUGGAGACGAAAAGAAAAGCUCUAUUCAUUCUGCCAUUUGUCUCUGUGGCCAAAGAGAAGAUGCACUAUCUGCAGAGCGUAUUUGAAGAGGCAGGAGUUCGUGUGGAGGGAUACAUGGGCAGCACCUCGGCUGCUGGAGGGUUCACAUCACUGGAUGUGGCUGUUUGCACCAUAGAAAAAGCCAAUUCUCUCAUUAACAGACUAAUUGAAGAGGACAAUAUGGGCCUUUUAGGUAUGGUGGUGGUGGAUGAGUUACAUAUGGUUGGAGAUUCUGGAAGGGGAUACCUACUCGAACUGCUCUUAACCAAAAUCCGUUAUAUCUCACAGAAGCAGAACACCACUGGGUCUCUUUCUGAGGGCGUACAGAUUGUAGGUAUGAGCGCCACCUUGCCUAACCUCUCCCUCCUGGCUAGCUGGUUAGGUGCAGAGCUGUACCAGACAGACUACAGACCCGUACCCCUGCAGGAGCAUCUCAAGGUGGGCUGCAACAUUUACGACAAGAACCUCUCUUUGGUCCGGCAGUUCUCUCCUGCACUCCACAUUAAGGGUGAUGAUGACCACAUAGUGAGCUUGUGCUAUGAGACUGUGAGAAAGGGCCGCUCUGUGUUGCUGUUUUGCCCCUCGAAGAACUGGUGUGAGAAACUAGCAGACAGCAUCGCCAGAGAGUUCUACAACCUCAGACAUGCAGUCUCUUCAGAUGGUCAAAGUGAAGCAGAGCCUCAGCCAGUGUGUCUGGACCAGGAGGGACUAGUGGAUGUUAUAGCUCAAUUGAGGCGAACUCCAGCUGGUUUAGACCCCAUCCUUCAGCGAACUGUGCCAUGGGGGGUGGCCUUCCACCACGCCGGUUUGACGUUUGAUGAGCGCGAUGUAUUGGAGGGAGCUUUUCGUCAAGGCAUGGUCAAAGUCCUGGCUGCCACGUCUACCCUCUCCUCCGGGGUUAAUCUUCCAGCUCGAAGGGUCAUCAUUCGAACCCCUACCUUCAACGGACACUUGUUGGACCCACUCACUUACAAACAGAUGGCUGGACGAGCAGGGAGAAAAGGAGUAGAUACUACAGGUGAGAGUGUGCUGGUGUGUAAGGAGGCAGAGCGCCAGAAAGGUAUUAGUCUCCUUAAGGGUACUCUUCAGCCAAUCAGCAGCUGCCUGGUGAGAAGGGAGGGAGAAGGCAUCACCACCAGCAUGCUGCGAGCCAUCCUAGAGAUCAUUGUCGGAGGUGUAGCCAGCACUCCACAGGAUGUGACGUCAUACGCGUCAUGCUCACUUCUUGCUGCCAGCAUGAAAUGUGAUGGCAAAAAUGAAGCGAAUGAAGAGACCAACAAAGGAGCUAUUGAGGCCUGUGUUGAAUGGCUGAUGGAGAACGAAUUUAUCAGCAUUCAGAAGGACGGAUCAGAGGAGCGGUACUGUCCGACUCAACUCGGUGCUGCCACCCUCUCCUCCUCCCUCUCCCCUCCUGAGGCUCUAGGAAUAUUUGCAGAUCUCCAGCGAGCCAUGAAGGGCUUCGUGCUGGAAAAUGACUUGCACAUUCUCUAUCUGAUCACCCCACUGUAUGCAGAAUGGACCACCAUAGAUUGGUAUCAGUUCUUCUGUCUGUGGGAACAGCUUUCGUCAUCAAUGAAGAGAGUAGCGGAGCUGGUGGGCGUACAGGAAGGUUUUCUCGCACGAUCGGUCGGCGGCAAACUCGUCGCCAAGACAGAGAAGCAACGUAGACAGAUGGCUAUUCAUAAACGGUUUUUCACCACCCUUGUACUACAGGACUUGGUGAAUGAGGUGCCUUUGGGAACAGUGGCAUCCAAAUACAACUGCAAUCGUGGGCAGUUACAGUCUCUCCAGCAGUCUGCUUCUACAUAUGCAGGCAUGGUUACGGUUUUCUGCAAGCGUCUGGGCUGGCACAACAUGGAGCUGCUGUUGUCCCAGUACCAGACCAGGCUGAGCUUCGGAGUCCAGAGGGAGCUGGUCGACCUUGUCAGAGUUUCCCUCCUGAAUGCAACACGAGCCAGAGCGCUGUACGCACAAGGCCUUUGUACUGUAGCUGAACUAGCAAGGGCAACUGUAGCUGAUGUGGAGAAAGCCCUGAGGAAUGCUGUCCCAUUUAAGAGCUCUAAGCGUGCAGUGGAUGAGAGUGAGGUUGAGGCAGCUGAAAGACGGAGCCUCCGCUGCGUCUGGGUCACUGGUGGACGGCCCCUUACAGAACAGGAAGCGGCUGUUGAUAUAGUGUCAGAGGCAAGGCUCCUCCUUCAGGAAGACCUGGCUCAGUUAGGGGUUAAGUGGGACCCAAUAACACUUCCUCCUGGGGCUCCUGCUGUCAACAGCCCUGAUGUCUCCAACACUUCAUCUGCCUCAGGUUUCAGCUCCCAUGAAGCACAGGUUGACAACAAUGGAGAUCACUUGGAAGAAGACAGGGUCAAGAAAAGUGAGAGUAGAGAUACUGACAGACUUGGAGAGCAGAAUAAGGAUGAAUAUAAACAUGAGAAAGGGAUUUCUGAAAGGAAAAUGGAAGACGAGGGAGGCCAAAGAAAGUCCAAACUUGAAUGCUCGGUUGUGAACACAAAAAUUGAGGAGCACAGGAAGGUAGAGAGGACAGAGCUAGAAACCAGACAAACAGGCAAUGAAGUCCAAUUGAAGAGACAGAAAGACACAGAAAACAACGUGACAAAUCAAAAAUUAGUAACGGCAAAUGACACAGAAGAUGAAAAAGGAGAGAGACAAAAGAGCACUAGGUCAAAGCAAGGAGUGGAAGAGUGCAAGAAAGCAGAGACAAAAGAAGGGGAGUCGAGUAAAGGGAUUGUCUCAGUCAGGCCAGAGAGACAACAAACACUUGCUCCUGUUCCUGAAAGGAGCCUGACGCAGGAAUUGGCCGAGAUUGUGUCCAGCCCCCUGCCUGCACCGAUGCUGCGUCAUCAGCCCUCUCCUUCGUUAAUGCCUCCACCUCGGUUUAGAGCUCCAAUAUCCAGAGUAGAGGAACAACACGGUGCUCCUUCAAGGACGUCAAAAGGCCUUGCUGCCUCACCAGUGCAUCCAGGUAGACUCAAGCACUCAAGAGCCUUGAGCAAAGUCCUCCAUUCUAUACAAACUGACAAGAGCCUACAAAAUAUUGUAGAGACUGCACAGACAUCAGACUCAAAACUCUCAGUAGCUUCUUCAGUCCAAAAUUUAGCAUCUGCAUUCCACGUUCCCACAAAGGUUCAAGCCCCUGACCCUGUGCAAGACACCCCUUGUGGUAUUUCUGCACCUACAAAUGCAGAUAUGUUAGACUCUCCUCUGAACGUCUCUCCUGCCUCUGUUCCAUUAUUCUCUCCCGAGGCAAAGCGAAGAAGGAUGGAUGGCACAGAUAAGUUUUCAUCUCCCGAAUUGUACGCCGGAGAUGAAGGAGAUGAAGAAGCCGGGGGAGAACUUAGAAAAGGAGAAGAGAGUUUCAGUGACAGCUUUGAAUUAGACACUCAGACAGAAAGAAUCAUUGCUCAACAGGCAAGCCAGCACCGAGAUGGGAACAAUAGAGGUACGAGUCAGACAGUAGAAACAGAGGAUAUAAGAGAGGAGGAAAUGGUGAAAGUGGCUGUAGCGCUGGAUAAGGACACAGAUGAUGGAAGUAACAGGCUUGAAGCUCCUGACAACGCAUGUCCUAGAUUCAAUAUUUCUCUUACAGAUAGCCAGAUGGAGCUCAUCCUGAACACCAGCCACCAGAUUUCUCCUGGUCCUGGUGGGGAUAACGUAGUUGAAGAUAAAGAUGAUGAUGAUGAUGAGUAUGCCAAUCAGGCUGCUUCCGAGAGUGUUAACAGAAGCAGUAGCUUCCUGUUUGACAGUCUGUAUGACAGCUCUCUGCUGGGUGCUCUGAGCCCGCACCAGAUCCUCGACCAAUCAGAUGAAGAUGAGCCUGCUGGCCAGGUGAUCCGAGACCCUCUUCCAUCAACACAGGAGAGAAGACGCAGCGAGCUUCUUGCCAAUCAGGAGGCAGAAAAGCAAGAGGCAGUCCAAUGGGGCGAGUCCUCCUUCAACCUGUCAGAGUGGGGCGACUCAUUGCUGGUGGGAGAACAAUAUCUGGAGAGGCAGAGCCUGCUCAGACAAACAGAGAGGACUCGAGAAGCCAGUCAUCAUGAAGCUCAGCAACCUAACGCAGACCAUAUUCUGCCUGAGGAAUCACAUCCUGAACCCAGUCAGUUACAGCCACAACCCACUGCAACAACUCAAAAAAAGCACGACAACAACCAAGCCAGCAAUAAUCAAGGACAUAUACACACAACUAAACAGCAUUGUGAUGCACAAAAUGGAAAUAAACCAGGCCGAAGACAGGAAAUUAUAAAUAUAGAGGGUGAAAAUGGGACGCUAAUAGAGAUGAAAGUAGUCAGAAUAAAUGCUUUAUUGUCAAAUAAUGUAGUUUUGAAUCAAGCACAAGUCCAAAAUACUCCUAGGAGCUCUUUUUAUUGCAGCCCUGGCUUACAAGAGAUUUUUGACCGCUGGCCUAGUAUGUCUGACCAUCCCUCGCAAAGCACCACAACAGGCCAAACAGCCAAUCAUAUGCUCAUAAAUGCUGCAAAUACAGAAGAAGUUUCAAAAAUGCCUCAACCCUCAAUACCUCUGGACAGAAAAGGGCAAAAGCCAAAUGCAGAGACCUUCGCUGCUGUGAGGGAUUCUCAAGAGGAACAACCAUCAAGACACAAUGGUGAGAAUAUAACGGAGCGACCAGGCUCUGCUGGUGAUCUUAUCCCCCCGACUCAGGAAGCGCCACCUGUCACACCCAGAAUAAAACUGACAACCUCAUCUGUGCAGUCGCCCCUCAUCUCUAAGCCAGUCAACCAGUCAACUCCCUCAACCCACCUGCCACAAAAAUCAGUGAUCACAAAUUGUCCUAAAUCUCGACCAGGACACAGUGAUCAUCUCCCAAAAGCUGCCGUUGACACUAAACAGACUACUUCUACAGCAGAUCACAGCCAUGAACACCAGCACAGAACAGCACAGAAACCAAAGGCUCCUCUCCUCUCGAGCUCAAAAACAAAAUCCUUGCCGCACGCUGAGCACAAUCUCAGCCCUCCUCCAGAUCACACUUCCCUGUCCUCCCCACAGCCGAGACUUCCCUCUGAUGCAGAAUCAUCCGUGACUGAUGGAGGCUUCACUCUUCAGCUGUCCCAGGAUGCAUCACUCUGCUCCAGUAACUCAGGGACCUUCUCCAUCAUAGACGUGGCGAGUGACAGGCGCCUCUUUGGCACUUUCAUCACUGAAUGGAAAACAAAGGAGUGCUACUCUUUGGCUUUGGCCUGCGAAAAGAGGGAACACAGAGAGCAGCCUGAGGGGGAAAUAGGAGGAAAACAUAAGAGAGCAUCAGCAGCUCAUCAGAAGCUCGAGACCACUGAUGGUUUUCCAGUAAGAAACAGUGAUGGACUGGUGUUAAUUGGACUGUCUGUCUGCUGGGGAUCAAGAGAUGCAUACUACGUGUCUCUGCAGCAAGAUCAGAGCAAAGGUUUGAGCGCCAGUCUGGCCCCUCCUCCACUGGAUGUUGAUUUGCCAGUAAGUGAGAGGCUGCAGCAGGUGAAGACCUGUUUGAGCAGGCCACCAGCUGGUCACAGAGGAGGUGCGGUUGUCACGUAUGACAUCAUCCAGGUGUACAAGACGCUACUCCUGAGCUGUGGUGUCAGCUUGGAGGGAAAUUGCGAAGAUCCCAAGGUCGCAUGCUGGCUGGUGGAUCCUGGCAACGAGGAGAGGACUCUACCCAACAUGGUGACUGUCUACUGUCCUGAAGAGUUACCUCUCCUGGAUGGACUCGGGAAUGCGCAUGCAUACUGUCCUCGUGUUCGGUCAGCAACCAAGAGCGUGCUUGUACAUGCUGUCAUGAACCAUCUUACUGGCCUGCUGGAGAAAGACGGCAUGCUCGACUUAUUCAGGAACAUUGAGAUGCCCUCCCAGGUGUCUUUGGCUCUGUUGGAGCUGAAUGGAGUGGGCUUCAGCGUUGAAGAGUGUGAAAGACAAAAGCAUGUGAUGCAAGCCAAACUCACAGCGCUGGAGUCUCAGGCUUACAACCUGGCUGGACACAGCUUCUCCCUCACCAGCAUCGACGACAUAGCACAGGUGUUGUUUUUAGAGCUCCACCUGCCUCCAAAUGGAGAUGUGACUGGAUCAAAAAGUAAGAAGACUCUUGGCUACACCAGGAGAGGCGGCGGCAGAGUGCGACUCGGAAAACAGUUCAGCACCACCAAGGAUGUUCUGGAGAAGCUCCGCCCCCUGCACCCGUUGCCAGGUGUGAUUCUGGAGUGGAGGCGCAUCACCAAUGCCUUGACUAAAGUGGUGUUCCCCCUGCAGAGGGAGAAGCAAUACCAUACCGCACUGGCCAUGGACAGAAUAUACCCCAUCGCCCAGACACACACAGCUACAGGUAGAGUGAGCUUCACUGAGCCCAACAUACAGAAUGUCCCCAAAGACUUUGAGAUUAAUAUGCCCACCGUGGUGGGAGAGAGCCCACCUUCACAAGACAGCCGCCAUGUGACCACAAAAUCAGGAAAGAAGAGAUGCUCUGUGGUGCCUUCAGCUGCAGCUGGCCCUGCAGAACAAGGCCCGGCCUUCUCUGUCAGCAUGAGACAUGCCUUCGUACCUUUUCCAGGAGGCAUGAUAUUGGCAGCAGAUUAUUCUCAGCUGGAGUUGAGAGUGUUGGCUCACCUCUCCAAGGAUCAACGCCUUCUGCAGGUGCUGAAUGGAGGAGCGGACGUGUUUCGCUGCAUCGCCGCAGAAUGGAAAAGCGUCGAGCCAGAGUCUGUGAACGACAACCUCAGACAACAGGCAAAACAGAUUUGCUAUGGCAUCAUCUAUGGGAUGGGAGCCAAGUCUUUGGGGGAGCAAAUGGGAGUGGAGGAGAAUGAUGCAGCCUGCUACAUAGAGAGUUUUAAGGCCAGAUACAAAGGAAUCAACGCUUUUCUUCGAGACACUGUGAAGAACUGUGUAAAGAACGGCUAUGUUCAAACUCUGAUGGGCCGCAGGAGAUACCUGCCUGGAAUCACUAACGCCAAUCCACACAUCAAAGCACAUGCCGAGCGUCAGGCGGUGAACACGACUGUACAGGGUUCAGCAGCAGACAUCGUCAAACUUGCCACAGUGAACAUCCAGAAACGACUACGUAAAACAUAUCCCACAGCUCCACUCUCUCACCAGCAUGUGCACUCAGCCAGCAAUCACCACAGAGUGACAUCUCAACUCAGAGGAGCCUACUUUGUCCUGCAGCUGCACGAUGAGCUCAUCUAUGAAACCACCGAAGAAGACCUCAUACAGGUUGCUCAGAUAGUGAAGAGGGAGAUGGAGUCAGCAGUAAAACUGUAUGUAAAGCUCAAGGCCAAAGUCAAGGUGGGACCCAGUUGGGGCAACUUACAGGACCUCGAUUUAUAA